GAUUGGCAAAACGCGUGGGCGCCCGUCUGCUCCUGGCCUCCACCUCGGAGGUGUAUGGAGAUCCUGAAGUCCACCCUCAAAGUGAGGAUUACUGGGGCCACGUGAAUCCAAUAGGACCUCGGGCCUGCUACGACGAAGGCAAACGUGUCGCAGAGACCAUGUGCUACGCCUACAUGAAGCAGGAAGGCGUGGAAGUGCGAGUAGCAAGAAUCUUCAACACCUUCGGCCCACGCAUGCACAUGAAUGAUGGGCGAGUGGUCAGCAACUUCAUCCUGCAGGCACUCCAAGGGGAACCACUCACGGUGUAUGGAUCUGGAUCUCAAACAAGGGCAUUCCAGUAUGUCAGUGAUCUGGUGAAUGGCCUGGUGGCUCUCAUGAACAGCAACGUCAGCAGCCCUGUCAACCUGGGGAACCCAGAAGAACACACAAUCCUAGAAUUUGCUCAGUUAAUUAAAAACCUUGUUGGUAGUGGCAGUGAAAUUCAGUUUCUCUCUGAAGCCCAAGAUGACCCACAGAAAAGAAAACCAGACAUCAAAAAAGCAAAGCUGAUGCUGGGGUGGGAGCCUGUGGUCCCAUUGGAAGAAGGUUUAAAUAAAGCUAUUCACUACUUCCGUAAAGAACUGGAGUACCAGGCAAAUAAUCAGUACAUCCCCAAACCAAAGCCUGCCAGAAUAAAAAAGGGCCGGACGCGCCACCACUGAGCCCUCGCUCUUAGGACACAAGACUCCCUGUUUUACACUUGAUGAGAUGUAUUUUUUGUUUUUUUUUAAAAAAAGACUUAAACAGGUGUCAUGAAGAACAAACUGGAAUUUCAUUCUGAAGCUUGCUUUAAAGACAUGGAUGUGCCUAAAAGCUCCCCUCAAAACCUGCAGACUUUGCUUGCACUUUUUGAAUCUGUCUUUUUGUAAAAUAGCCUCGAUGCAUCUCUGCAUAUUUUCAAGUUUUUUAUCUUGCUGUGAGAGCGUAUGUUGUGACUGUCGUUGACAGUUUUAUUUACUGGUUUCUUUGUGAAGCUGAAAAGGAACAUUAAAUAAGAUGAAAAAAUCCUAAUUUUAUUUAUAAAGUAAAUAAAAUGAGAUGUUAUACUAUGCAUAAAGAAAACAAAAACCUAGCAGUAUUGUCAGGUGGGUGGUGCACUGGCAUUUAUUUUUGGACAGAUAAAAGAAUUCUGUUUCAGAGCUUUAUGUUUCUUUUUUAAUACAGAAUUUUUCCACAGUCUAGUUUUUAGUUGCAAACUUGACUUUGAGAUAUUUUCUGUUGGUUAUCAUGAUCAAGGAUAUUUGAAAUCACUACUGUGUUGUGCUGCAUAUUUGGGGGUGGGGGGACAAAAUUAAGGUAUUCUUGGUAAUUGUGGUUAAAUUGCUAUUUUAAUAAAAUAUUGAAAUUCAUCAGUCAU